AUGUCUUGCACAGAGUACUCCACCGUCCCAGAAACUCCUGAAGUCAAGAUGGCAAAGAAACUAUCUUAUUUCAAGCGUCAAAGAUGGGUACGGUUCUUAGAUCUGUCUUCAGACAGCGAUGAUGAACCACCAAGAGACUUCAGUGCUGCAAAAGAAAACAGGGCUCCAAGGAGAAACGCAGUUGUAAUCUCUGAUGAUGAUGACGAGCCUGAAGAUGAACCACCCCACUUGGCACAUGUAAAUGGUGGGGAUCAGCUGUCACCUGUGAAGAAGAGUGUUGAGGAAGACAUCAGAGCUACAAAGCUGCAAACAUUGAAGGAACUUUUUCCCCAAAGAAGCGACCAAGAAUUACUACAAUUAGUAGAAUCAGCACGCACAAUGGAUGAAGCAAUAGAUGCUGGUUUGAAGUUGAAUGAUGAAGCUCCCUUUCGUAAAAGGAAACUGAAAGAUUCUCCCACAAAUUGCAAAAACAGAGAUAAGCAAGGCACAAAAAAGCCAAAAGCCGAUUACCUGGAUGAGUCAGAACCCCAGAGGCAAUGGGAGAGGCAAGAGAUGCUUGUGAAGAAGCUGCAGAAUACAUUCCCUGGAUUGGAUAAGGAGGAAGUGAGAGAUGUACUUCAGCAACAUAACUGGGUGUUCCAUGAAGCACUGGAGGCCCUGAGAGUAUUUGCAGAUGGUGGUGAGGGCAUGGAAUUUCCUAAAAGUGAAGCUUCUGUCUGGACUAAAGCCUCCACCAAGAGCAGAAUUGACGAGAGUAAAGAGAAACUGACGCAGAGAUCUUCUGUGAAAGAGCAGAAUGGCUGUCGGAAAAAAGACAAAGGCAAAAGAAGUGUUUGGACUACUAAAAGACACACAGAAGACUCAGAGGAUGAGUCAGCUUCCAAAGAUGGCGGUAGCUCCCUUGAUGAGGACUACAGCAGUGGCGAUGAAGUUAUGGAGGAUGGCUACAAAACAAAAAUCCUCAGCUUCCUGCAGGAUGCUUCCCCUAGUGAACUGACUUUGAUUCCCCAGUGUUCUGACAAAAAGGUUCAGAAGAUAAUAGCGCUCCGGCCCUUUAACAGCUGGGAGGCUCUGUUUACAAAAAUGACUAAGACUAUUGGUUUGUCAGAAGACAUAGUGUGGAACUGCAAGGUACUGCUGAAGGAGAGGGAUGUAGUUCUAAAGCUCAUGAACAAAUGUGAAGACAUUUCAAAUAAACUGACAAAACAAGUAAUCAGGAUUACUGAAGAAGGAGGAUGUGGAUGGAACAUAGAGCAACCCUCCAUUCUGAAUCAGAG